UAGCUGGAAUCGUCCCCAAUUCAAUCCAAAAUCGUUUGAUCGUUCUCCGAUAGCUAGGGUUUUAAAAAAUCUCUUCGACAAAUCCUUUAAAUCCAUCCGAUGGCGGAUCCGAGCUCAUCGUCUGCAACUGAUCGCGGCCAGCCUUCAUCUGAAUCGAAAGGUACCAAAAGGGAUUUCAGUACUGCAAUCUUGGAACGCAAGAAAUCUCCCAACCGCCUUGUUGUUGAUGAAGCCAUCAAUGAUGACAAUUCGGUUGUAUCUAUGAACCCUGAAACCAUGGAUAAGCUUCAGUUUUUUAGGGGAGACACCAUCCUAAUCAAGGGAAAGAAGAGGAAGGACACUGUCUGCAUUGUGCUUGUUGACGACCAAUGCGAAGAGCCUAAGAUCAGAAUGAACAAAGUUGUCCGUGCUAAUCUCAGGGUACGCCUUGGUGAUGUUGUAUCCGUGCAUCAGUGCCCUGAUGUGAAGUAUGGGAAGCGUGUUCACAUCCUCCCGAUUGAUGAUACCAUCGAGGGUGUUACUGGCAACCUCUUUGAUGCUUAUCUAAAGCGUGAGUGGAAUUUCUCUUUUCAUUUUAUUCCUAGUAUUGUUUCUUUGUUACAUUGUUGUAAAUGUUCUCUGCUUGAUUCAACAGCUUACUUCUUGGAGUCUUAUCGGCCUGUCAGAAAGGGUGACCUUUUCCUUGUGAGGGGAGGCAUGCGCAGUGUUGAAUUUAAAGUUAUUGAGACAGACCCUGGUGAGUAUUGUGUAGUCGCACCGGAUACAGAGAUUUUCUGUGAAGGAGAGCCUGUCAAACGUGAGGAUGAAGAGAGAUUAAAUGAAGUUGGUUAUGAUGAUGUUGGUGGUGUGAGGAAGCAAAUGGCUCAAAUUCGUGAGUUGGUGGAACUUCCUCUGAGGCACCCACAGUUGUUCAAGUCCAUCGGUGUUAAGCCCCCCAAGGGCAUCUUGCUCUAUGGGCCACCUGGAUCUGGGAAAACUUUGAUUGCUAGGGCUGUAGCUAAUGAGACUGGUGCAUUCUUCUUUUUGAUUAAUGGACCUGAAAUAAUGUCAAAGUUGGCUGGAGAAAGUGAAAGCAACUUGAGGAAGGCUUUUGAGGAGGCUGAAAAGAACGCGCCUUCUAUCAUAUUUAUUGAUGAGAUAGAUUCUAUUGCACCAAAGAGAGAAAAGACACAUGGUGAAGUGGAGAGGCGUAUUGUAUCCCAACUUCUGACUUUAAUGGACGGUCUUAAGUCCCGUGCUCAUGUGAUUGUCAUUGGGGCAACCAAUAGGCCAAACAGCAUUGACCCUGCCUUGAGGAGAUUUGGAAGGUUUGAUCGUGAGAUCGACAUUGGUGUUCCGGAUGAGGUUGGAAGGUUGGAGGUCCUUCGGAUCCACACGAAGAAUAUGAAGCUUGCAGAGGAUGUUGAUCUAGAGAGAGUGGCAAAAGAUACACAUGGUUAUGUAGGUGCAGAUCUUGCUGCUCUUUGCACAGAGGCUGCUCUUCAGUGCAUUAGAGAGAAGAUGGAUGUUAUUGACUUAGAAGAUGAGACAAUUGAUGCUGAGGUUCUUAAUUCAAUGGCUGUGACAAAUGAACACUUCCAAACUGCAUUGGGUUCUUCGAACCCGUCAGCAUUGCGUGAAACAGUUGUGGAGGUGCCUAAUGUCUCAUGGGAGGACAUUGGCGGGUUGGACAAUGUCAAAAGGGAACUUCAGGAGACUGUGCAAUACCCGGUCGAGCAUCCUGAGAAGUUUGAGAAGUUUGGCAUGUCUCCAUCUAAAGGUGUCCUUUUCUAUGGGCCUCCGGGCUGCGGUAAGACCCUCCUUGCAAAGGCCAUUGCAAAUGAGUGCCAGGCUAACUUCAUAAGCAUCAAGGGACCUGAGCUGCUGACUAUGUGGUUUGGAGAGAGUGAGGCUAAUGUGAGGGAGAUAUUCGAUAAAGCUCGCCAAUCAGCUCCAUGCGUGCUUUUCUUUGAUGAGCUUGAUUCAAUUGCAACCCAGCGUGGAAGUUCUGUUGGAGAUGCCGGUGGUGCUGCUGAUAGAGUUCUUAAUCAGCUUCUGACAGAAAUGGAUGGGAUGAAUGCGAAGAAAACAGUUUUCAUUAUCGGUGCAACAAACAGGCCUGACAUCAUCGACCCGGCUCUGCUUAGGCCAGGUCGUUUGGAUCAGUUGAUAUACAUACCCCUACCAGAUGAGGCCUCCCGUUUUCAAAUCUUCAAAUCUUGCCUGCGGAAGUCCCCUGUCUCAAAGGAUGUUGACCUUACAGCUCUGGCCCGAUAUACACAUGGUUUUAGUGGGGCAGAUAUUACUGAGAUCUGUCAGCGUGCUUGCAAAUAUGCAAUCAGAGAAAAUAUAGAGAAGGACAUUGAGAGGGAGCGAAAGAGGAGAGAGAAUCCAGAAGCAAUGGAGGAAGAUGACACCGAUGAUGUCUCUGAGAUAAAGGCUGCACAUUUUGAAGAGUCGAUGAAGUUUGCUCGUCGGAGUGUGAGCGAUGCUGAUAUCCGCAAGUAUCAGCUCUUUGCACAGACUCUGCAGCAGUCCCGUGGGUUCGGGUCCGAAUUCCGCUUUCCGGACCGUACAGAGAAUGUUUCUGGCACUGGGGCCUCUGAUCCCUUCUCUCCGGCUGCAGCCACUGCGGAUGACGAUGAUCUUUAUAACUAAAAAACAACUACAGCUCAUUGGUGCUUUUUAUCUAGAUAAUAGAAUCACUGCACCUGUCUAAGCAGAGUGCUUUUUGCUCCUUUGUGUGAGAGGAAGGUAGCAGUUUGCUUCUCAGGAUCAAAUGCACCAUUUUCUAUGAUAUUUUCUUUGCCUAUUUUUUUUUUUUCCUUAUCUUUUAACUUAUGUACUUGAGUACUUUGUGUUUACGGAUUUAAUGAAUUUCAGUUUUUAUUUUAUUUUA